CGUAUUGUUACGUCGUCGUCUUUAUCUCAGCUCCUUUUUCAGAGGAAAACAAAGCCAGUUAACAGUGGAAGUCGGUGAAUUAGCAUUAGAAAUUAGUGCCGAUACACGACUUGUAACCGCACACCAGAUUAACACAGCAACAUCUAACGGCAGUGGAACGUUGAAGGUCCAUCAGCUCUCCUCAUGAUACAUCAGCAUUAAGGGUACUUCCAUACUUCCUAAGGAUGGCUAGUUGUGGGGAGGUAGACCACUCUGUUAGCUCGCUUCCAUCCAGUAAGAAAGGCAGCAACAGCGGUGGUGGAAGUGGGAACAGUGCAGACUCCUCGUGUUCUGGCUCCAGCAACUCAUCCCCAGCCCUGUCUGUACCAGAGUGUGCCAUUUGUCUGCAGAGCUGCGUCCACCCAGUCCAACUGCCGUGCCAUCACGUCUUCUGUUUCCUGUGUGUGAAGGGAGCAUCCUGGCAGAGCAAACGCUGUGCUCUUUGCAGACAGGAAGUACCAGAUGACUUCCUGGAAAGGCCUACACUUCUCUCUCCGGAGGAGCUGAAAGCAUCGGCGGGAGGUCGGGGUGGGGCAGCAAGUGAUCACGCCUGGUAUUAUGAGGGCCGUAACGGCUGGUGGCAGUAUGAUGAGCGAACCAGCCGUGAGCUGGAGGACGCUUUCUCCAAGGGCAAGAAAACAGCUGAGAUGUUGAUUGCUGGUUUUUUGUAUGUAGCCGACUUGGAGAACAUGGUGCAGUACAGGCGCAAUGAGCACGGUCGUAGACGCAAGAUGAAGAGAGACGUUUUGGAUAUCCCCAAGAAGGGAGUGGCAGGACUGCGUUUGGACACUGAGGGUGUUACUGGGGCCAUUGGGGCAACUGGUCGAGAAAACUCUGCUGAUGGGGCUGACACCACAGUAGCAGGUGUACAGCAGCAGGUUACAGGUAUCCCCUCUACUGUUACAGCCCCUCCAGCCACUGCCAGACCUCCCACCUCCCUCGGUGGUCAGCCUGGCAGCAGCAGCAGCCCCACUCUGGAGGAUGCUCUCUCCCAGCUGCAAAUCAGCCCCAGGCCCACACCUUCUCAUGAGAGGUCUGAGGCUGGGGAAGGAGAGGAAGAAGAUGACGAAGAGGAGGCCUCACCCUCCAGGUCCUCUGACCCUCAUACCUCUGUGGACGAGUCUGGCUCCGGAGACUGGAGCGAUGAUGAGGAAGAGGAGGAUGAAGAAGAGGAGGGAGGAGAUGGAGAGCAUGUGGAGCCUUGGGAGGGUAGGCCAAGGAGGCAAAGACUGAAUCCAGAGGACAGAGCCCCUCCUGGUGCAGAGUCCGCCUCUCCCCCUUCUUCAUCCAGUAGCAGUGGAAGGUCCAGAAUGCCUGAUGGCCAGUGUACAGUGACUGAAGUGUGAAGUCAUAAAUGACACCAUCAUCACUAAAUGGCUAUGUUCCACUUCAUUAAUUUAUUCCUCGCUGUAUGCUGUCGUUCACUCUGUCACGGAUCAGACGUGGGUGGAUUGCUGGGUAAAAGUGAAAUUAAGCAUAACAUACUCUGUAUUUUUAGGCAAACAACUCAAAUCUAGCAGUCAAAUUUGGUGCUUCUGUUUGGCUCACAAUGAUCUGCAUGUAUCUGUGUGAUUUGUUUGUACAUACCCAGCCAGUAGAAGUAAUGCUGGGUUUUAUGUUCCAGCACUGAGCGUGCUAGCAAUGAGACAGGAGGUACAGCUUGAAAAUGAGUCAGACAGAUACAGCAUGUUGUUGUGAGCCGUGACAUAUCAUAAUUGUCUACCCAGCACAUCAUGUGAGGUAGGUGUAGCAGACUUAUUGUGGUGUGUAGCUGACAGCAGUCUGCUCACUGUUUUGCCAUUUGGUUGCAGAAAAGUGAAAGUUAAAAGAUCAAAAAGGACUCACCAACCUGCUUCUGCCUAUCCUCUGUAUUCUCAUGUUCAAAUUGAUUAUGCUAAUACCCAGAGGGUUUCUGGGAGCCAGAUCUGUGACGUUCGAGGGAGAAAGCACACGUGGGGAUGUUACUCUUGGAAAUGGAACUGUGUCAUUAUCAUUAUCAUAAACCGCUGCAUUCUAAUCAUCUACACUUUAACUCUCUCCGCUAACAUAGCACGCAGAAAUGAGCUUGUUAGUGCUCAGGUCAUUUGACUACUCUUGCAAAGAAUUUAAUCCUUGAUAAUGUUCCCAACAUUCACCCUACCUAAAUGAUUUCCUCACUUCAGAUUUAACUGAUUAUGGAGCCUUUCCUUAAAAAUUCUGAAAUUUAACCGAUAACUUUUCGAAAAGUGUUACAUUUCAGAGCAGAUCGUGGUUUGAAAAAGAUCUUUAGGUUGUUAUCUAGAUAAAGAAAGGAAACUGAGAAGUAUAUCAUUGUUAAGCAGUGUGAGUAUUUAAAUUUCACUCCUAAUAUGCUACAAUAUUGUAACUCAGGAGCUUACAGGAUUAUACAGCUACCUGCAGAUGAUUUGUCUUUGAUUUGAUUGUAAUUAGCUUACAUCUUCUAAAACCUAUAGCGAUUACAAAUCCUCUUUUUAAAUAAAUGUGCAUAUUAGAAGUACAUAUCGAAAUUUCUUUUAAGCUUUCCCAGCUUUAAGUAAUUGGCAUUUUAAUGUGAAGUAUCAGUGUUUUCCUUUUAAAGCUGCCGAGGCCUCUGUAGCCUCAUUAGUAUUCCUCAUGUCCCUGACUAAAGUAUGCUCAAUUGGUGUGUUUCUAAAGCUUUGUGAUUUGUGCAUGUUUGAAGAGAGAGUUAUUUUAACACUACUGGUUGGCAGGAUGAUGAGAAGUGAUAUUUUUUCCAGAUUGAGUUGAGUAAGUGUUUUUAAUUUGUGUUUGUUUUGUUUUGUUUUUUGCAUUUCUUAUGGUUGUAAAUCCUCUUUAUGUAUGAUGUCUGAGGCAGUAAGAGAACAAGACCGUGCUAUUGGCCAUCCUGCAGAGAUUUCAAGUUAUGUUAUUUUUAUAUUUCUGACAUGCUUACAUCAUCAGCUCAGUCUUAGACUUUACAUUCUAAUAAAUAAAGUUUGUGUAACAGUU